UUCUCUAGAAAGCGCGUGAAAGGAAAUAAUCGUAAGACUUUAGAAUGUUGUUCGACUAUGUGAUCUUCAGCCGUGCAUUCUUUGUUGCAAAGAGCGCGUACUUUAGAAAAUAGUGCACCCGUCUAACUGGAUCGUGUAUCUGUCUGUCUGUGGCGUUUUACCCUUGAUUCGGUUUUGCGUCACCUGUCGCGCCCACCUGCGGUGCCCGGGUCGGUAAUCAGACGGGAUCAGUUGAUCAGUGGGGUGCGAGCACUCGCGUGCUCCUGUCGUGCCAUUUAGUGUUGCCAGCGCGUGUAUCCUCUGUUUCUGUCUCUACGCUAAUCUGGACGCGUGUGUUUGUGAGGUGUGCAGGGUAACUACGGUGGACAUUGUGCUUCAGUGUACGAAAUGUACGCGCUGGUGGCUGGGGCGGCUGGAGCACUAUUGCUCCAAGCCAGCCCGUGCGCUGCCAAUGCGCCAACCGACAUUCGCAUGGAUGAGAAAGCGCGGACCAUACACCGAAUUGACUCGAUUAACAUACUCGUCUAUACGGUCCUACUCAUUUUGACCGUGUGUUUGAUCUGGGCGUUCAAACGGCGGAGGGCACGAUUCCUGCACGAAACUGGACUGGCCGUUAUAUUCGGUUUAAUGGUAGGAGCCAUUAUCCGCUAUGCCAGUGAUGAAAAGGAAACUAGUCACCUGUUAGUGAUGCCUGUCGGGAACGAUAGUAAUCAGUCAAUGCCGAGCUCCCCUCCGGACAAUGUUUUUAUUCAGCUAGAGGUCCAAAGACCGCCCGACGCUAGCAAGGAGAAUCGCUCGUACGCCUAUUACGCAUAUACUUUCCGAGGAGAGCUUACCGACGUAAUGACGAAAAAAUUAGACCAGAAAGCAACGUUCGAUCCGGAAAUCUUUUUCAACAUUAUCCUACCGCCCAUUAUAUUCAAUGCUGGAUACAGCCUAAAACGAAAAUUUUUCUUUCGAAACCUUGGAACAAUAAUGACUUACGCAUUUUUUGGUACAACGAUAUCCUGUUUCGUGGUCGGAUGCGUACUAUACGUGUUCACGUUGAUGCUCUCUCAUCUGGAAUUCACAUUCAACCAUUGCCUCUACUUUGGGGCGAUCAUCUCGGCCACUGACCCAGUUACUGUUCUUGCAAUUUUCCACGAUCUACACGUUGAUGUCAACCUUUACGCCCUGGUAUUCGGCGAAAGUAUACUCAAUGAUGCUGUGGCCAUUGGGCUGGUCGUCGCAAUCACUAACUACGAAGCUGUGAGUAGCAAGGCUACAGGUGAAUUCGAGCUAGCUGCAGCUAUUAGAGCGUUCGGCUCAUUUUUCUACAUUUUCGCCUUUUCGUUUCUCAUCGGAAGCUGUACGGGCUGCGUGACUGCCCUCAUCACGAAAUUCACAAAGCUGUGCGACUUCCCAUUACUAGAAAGUUGCCUCUUCCUGCUGAUGUCGUAUUCGUCAUUUCUGGUAGCGGAAGCGCUUGACCUGACAGGUAUCGUAGCCGUCCUCUUCUGCGGGAUCUGUCAAGCUCACUAUACAUACAAUAAUUUGUCGCCAGAAAGUCGACAACGAACGAAACAGCUGUUCGAGCUAAUGAACUUUGUAGCGGAAAACUUUAUUUUCUCAUACAUCGGCGUCAGUAUGUUUACUUAUAAAAAGCAUCAUUGGGAUUUGUUCUUCAUUGUCGCUGCCUUCAUUUCGAUUGCGGCUGGCCGAGCCCUAUUCGUCUAUCCGUUGACGUUCCUUCUAAAUCUUGGCCGGACCAACAAGAUUCCGAUGGCGUUUCAGCACGUGCUCUUCUUUUCGGGUCUUCGAGGAGCGAUGGCUUUUGCUCUCGCGAUCCGAAAUACGCUGGGUCUUCAGCGUCACGUCAUGCUGACAACGACAUCGUUUAUUGUGAUCGUUUCUGUCGUCGUAUGCGGCGGUUCAACUUCAACGUUGCUGCGUUGGUUAAACAUUCCAGUGGGCUCUGAGGAUCACGAUCAGGAGCUGCUUAAUAUAACGGCAGCAGCAGCUGCCGCCCACGCCGCACAAGCUCAGCAGGGCGGUGCCUCUAAUCGGCCAGGUGAUCCUCGAAGCCCUACCAGCGGCGAACCUUUGAAGAGUCCGCCGUACGAAAAGGCGUGGCUUGUACGCAAAUGGUAUAACUUUGAUGUCAGGUUCAUGAAGCCAUUCCUGACACAUAGUCGUCCAACGCUCAUUGAGACUCUGCCGUCAUGUUGUCUGCCCGUAGCCCAUCUCUUAACCUCUACAGAGCAGCUCACACAGAACUGGCGUUCUGUUCAACCGUGUAUCUUUUCGGACGACAAUUGCCGACACACUCGUGAUGACGAUUCCGACACGGACCUCUGCCUCGACGAAAGUGACUUCAAUUUUGAGCGAAGCAACAGUCUAACACAGGCGUCCCAGGCACUCGCUAACCACGUAUACUACAUCGAAAAAUAAAUGAAGUACGAAAACAAAGCGGAAUAGGAUAUACAGUACUUUGAACGUUAAGCGUAAUCCAAGAAAAUUCGGAUCGGACGGUGGUUGUCAAAAGCAUGUAGAACAUAGCUGCUGACAGAUUUAUGGGUCGCGUAGAAGGGAAAAACAUUUGAACACCGUGGGAGAAGGGGCUAUAGUCCCAGUUUCUGUUCACUGUUAUAACAUAUUUGUCCUUCUUUUGCUUGUCCACGAUAAGACGCCAUAACGCUUAUUGAGAUACUAAUACUCAUCUAAUAGCAUUAGAUUUAGUAAGCAUUAGAAGAAUAUUUAAUAUAAUUAUUUGAUGACAAACGCACGUUAGCCAAUCUUUAAACUGCUGUAGAAAUAAGCUUCGAUCCAGUGAAAUAAAAUAGGUCUGUUACUCGCUUGGCCUCUAAUUUGGCCUGAGAAAACUUAAGACAGAAACAUUUCCGUAUGAGGUAUUGAUUUUUUAUUUCCUCUCAUAUCCUUACGUUAAAGAUGAAACAAGAGUUUAUUAGUAAAGUUGUGGUAUCUCGUUGUAGAAUUUUGCUGUGGGUCAAAUAGCUGAUCUGUGUCAAAUGGGGCCUCUUUUAUAGUUGGGUUACCGCACAGAACCCCCGGAGCGGCGCAACUUCAUCACGAUUGUGUUGAUGUGAUGGUAAUUAAGACAGACAAACACAGGUACAUUUGGAGAAGCAUGAAAAUUCGAGCUUUCACAUGGUGUUUAAUUUUCUAACCUUUCACCCAUAGCAAACAUACUACUGAACUUUUCAGUUGUCUUCUAAAUUUGUUCGGCUUAACAUGUUACCACACAGUAAUUUCGAAGAGCCCAAAUAUUGCAGUAACACUAACGGUUAUAGUUUGCCGUUUGUUUACGACGCCUACCAUCCCUGGCGUAAGUCGAAGAGCUGCUCGAUCAUCUGUGGUUUUCUGUAUAUACUAAUAUAAAUAUAGUCAUUAUUACAGUAUAUAUACUAAACGACUACGUUUGGCCUGGGACAUGGGAAUGUACAUGUGUAGUGCACACAACUUUCAAUACCAGCUAUACAAUUGUUCUACUGAAAAAAAAACAAAAAAAAAAAAGACAACGAUAGGUAUCGAAAGAGCUCAGGAGAAAAGUCAAUAUGGCGUUCAGUCAGAAAAGGCUCGGACUUGUGAUCAAUCUAAGCUUUAACCUUAAGUCCAUAUGUUAAGCUAUCGCCUUGGCGUCCGACGAGUUAUGUCCGCCUUCAGAGAGGUGUCGCAAACUACCUUUGAAGGUUCUAAUUUGAUGAAGCAAUAUUUACUAUAAUAGUAACGCAUGAACUGCUAUGCGUCCGAAGUUAUAGUUAAUUUAUCGAUCUGAUCGAUAUGAAAGGUUUUACAUGAUAAACCGCAGGAGUAGGAACAGGUUAAAUCGGUCUGAAUGGUGCGUGUAUCAAAAUUGCGAAAUAGUUAUUAAAAAAAAAAAAGGGUGUUGAUAGCAUUUUUAUCGGUGCGCAGCUGGACCAUCAGAGGGAUUGAGGCCGCAUGAUUCCAAGGAGUGAUAAAGCGAAAUAGACAGAGCUGGUUGAGAUGUAUGAGUGCGUGAGUCUCCGUGCAGGUGGAAAAAAAAAGAAAUGAUCAGUUGAAAGAAUCUCUCUCAAACACCCUCUUUACAGAAGUGUUAAAGGUGGUGCUCAAUCGUCGGCCGCCAUAGCGACAAACAGAAGCGAAUUAUAAAGUGUCGUAAAGAAUCAAUGGCUCUCAGCUGCGUGCGGCUUAGUAGAGUAUCAGAGCUGUUGAAUCAUAAUAAACUAGUAGGAAAAGUGUGGAAAUAUGUACGCUUCUGUCAGAGAAGGCACUCCAACGACCGGAGAUAAUGCGGAUUACAGAAGCACAUUACAAUUAAGAAUACAUACUAUUGACACGCACACAAAUUAAUCACUAUACAAGAACUAAACGAUGUUAGCACGUAUAAGCCCAUACUGCAAACCCCUAAUUGAAGUCAUUUUGUCGAGAACCAGCGAAAACACAAACCAUAUUACCCUGCACUAAUGAGAUACGUGAUAGCAGGUAACUUCAUUGCAAGAUAUUGAAAAAGUUUACGUUCAAGAAAAUAUAUACUCCCUGGGUGGAACUACCGAAGUUAUUUAACUAUUGUAUGUCUCGACAAACUUGGAAGUGUCGGUUGAACGACCCUGCAUUGAUCAGUUGUCUCGAGGAUAACCAUGAACAGAAUAGAUAAGAGCUCACCAAUUCUGCUUGCAUAUCCCUGGGCACCGAGCAUCUAUCCCUGUUGUUUGUCUUUGCGUGCCCUACUUACUAUGCUGGACCCGAGUCGCACAGGCGCCUAAGGCCCACGAGCAGAAAUCGUUUCAUAGGGUAAAUUAUAGAAAAGUCUAACUAGUCGUGGGUAGAUUGUGACUAAAAAAAAAAAUAUUCUAAGCCAUCAAGAACGCUACUAAAAAUACAACAGUGCGAAAAAGAAGGUGUGUCAAGGAUCACGAAAAUACCGUCCUGUGUUAGCCGCCACCUCAACUCAAAAUACGGACGAAUAUUUUUGUUUCAAAAGUUUGAAAAGACUGCGACUUGCAACCUCUCUUGUCAUAUUAUAUGUAUUUUUUUAAGCGAACUAAAAAAGGACAACAGAUAGAGGAACUAUCAGGAAAAUUCUCUAUUGAUUGACGAAAUGCAUGGUCCACUCGAACUAAUCGGCACUGCGUCAACUUCUCGCUUUUUGCUUUAUGUAGUAAGAAAGUUUGGCGAGCUGAUACCAACAAUUUUACUAGUUGACAGCGUAAUGAACUGUUAUGCAAUUAAAUAAAACGGAGUCAAAAAUAAUAUGCCAUUCAUAAAGUACAUUAUGUGGAUCAAGCACGUCGGCAAGCACACAUGUACCUAGAGGCUUUGAAUUGGGCAAGCUUGCAACCCUCUCCAAAAAGUUAUAGGUAGGCGGCGGAGAGUGAGCAGUUAUAGGCGAUUAAGAGGCCAACGGGAUGAAGUAAGGAAGACGAUGCAGAAUUUAUAAAAAAGCGUAGACACUGCUUCUUGUUGUGGCAAAUACGCGAACCUCGUAACACGCGGAUUCAUUGAUGCAUAGUGAUGCAGCUGUCCAAGACGCGAGUUGAUCACAGUUUAUAAAAGCAUGAAAAUUAAACUUUAUUGAGGCCUGUAGAAGAGUAAUCGUGGAAUCGAUGGGGAAAUUAGGAACGGUGGAACGUAACGAGUGACCUAGGCUGAAGUUCACUGAAGCCACUGUGCGUAUGUUAUGUGAAUGUUUUUUAGUAUUAAUCUGUGACGACUACAGAAAUGGUCGAAGUCCACACAACACGAGAAUAAGGUUAGCGGCACAGAGCAUAAAGCAUGUAUCAUCGUAUGCGGGCUAUUUUUAUAUAAAAUUUAGCAAAAAACGCAGGUCAAAGAACGGGCAAUGGGAAAAGACUGUCGUACGCGAAAGUGACACCGAAGGAAGGUUACUAGAGGAAAUGGCCACAAGAGUGAUUAUAUAUAUAUAUAUAUAUAUAUCCUAAUGUUACUAUUACCAUGUCGGUAGUAAUGGCAACUACGGUACACCAUAUGAUAGCAGCAAUAUAUCAUUAGACAGUGAAAUGCCCAACUAAUUUGCCCAUGUUUACCGUGAACAGAAAUGCCCUUACAUAUAUGUUUAAUAGUUGCAAAAUGAUUACAGCCCGAGUGUUGAAAAAGUAAGUGGUGAAAAUAUUGUUGUUAUUGAUGUUGCAUAUCGUAAUAAUCAAGCACGUUUAGCACCAUACGGAAGUUGAGGUAAUUCGAAAAUUCGCGCUGUACGUAGACAACUGUGUGACAACACAACAAGGUAACGACAGCCUCGUACAGAAAAUCAGUGAUGACGAUAGUGGUGAAGAAGAUACUGAAGAAACAUUACUAACUUGAUUAUUAUUACCAUUGAUGAUACGACAUAGGAAAAAGGCAAGACGAAUAUGUAAUGAUUGCUUUGCCGGGCUGGCGUCUAGGUCGGGACUGAAUUAGUAGCACCUGCUGUGGCUGAAAUAAAUGGAUUAUAUACAAGGAAAUUAUAUAAACAUCUAUAUAUAUAUAAGUAUA